AUGCACCAAGAUCAUCACAAUCCAAAGGUUGAGAAGCAAGAGCUCAUUAAUGCCCAGGAACAAUUAAAUACUGAUCAACAGAAUGUAACGGUUGACAAGCACGAGUUCACUGAAGUCCAGUACCAAAUAAAUACUGAUCAACAGAAUGCAGCGGUUGUCAAGCAAGAGCUCAUUAAUGUUCAGGAACAAUUGAACACUGAUCAACGGAAUGCAACGGUUGACAAGGAAGAGUUCAUUAAAGUCCAGGAACAAUUAAAUACCGAUCAUCACAAUCCAAAGGUUGAGAAGCAAGAGCUCAUUAAUGCCCAGGAACAAUUAAAUACUGAUCAACAGAAUGUAACGGUUGACAAGCACGAGUUCACUGAAGUCCAGUACCAAAUAAAUACUGAUCAACAGAAUGCAGCGGUUGUCAAGCAAGAGCUCAUUAAUGUUCAGGAACAAUUGAACACUGAUCAACGGAAUGCAACGGUUGACAAGGAAGAGUUCAUUAAAGUCCAGGAACAAUUAAAUACCGAUCAUCACAAUCCAAAGGUUGAGAAGCAAGAGCUCAUUAAUGCCCAGGAACAAUUAAAUACUGAUCAACAGAAUGUAACGGUUGACAAGCACGAGUUCACUGAAGUCCAGUACCAAAUAAAUACUGAUCAACAGAAUGCAGCGGUUGUCAAGCAAGAGCUCAUUAAUGUUCAGGAACAAUUGAACACUGAUCAACGGAAUGCAACGGUUGACAAGGAAGAGUUCAUUAAAGUCCAGGAACAAUUAAAUACCGAUCAUCACAAUGCAAAGGUUGAGAAGCAAGAGUUCAUUAAAGUCCAGGAACAUUUAAAUACUGAGCAACAGAAUGCAAUGGCUGACAAGCAAGAGCUCAUUAAUGUCCAGGAAGAAUUAAAUACUGAUCAACAGAAUGCAACGGUUCACAAGCAAGAGUUCAUUCAUGUCCAAGAAGACUUAAAUACUGAUCAACAGAAUACAACGGUUGACAAUCAAGCGUCCAAUAAUGAGCGGAGACAAUUUCAGAUUCAAAAGUUGAAGUAUGACCAACGGAAGUUAAAGAAUGAAUAUCUUCAACAAUUACAACGUAAAGGCAAAGUUUGUGCAAAAAAUUGCGUCUUGUGCACCAUUCUUUGGAGUUGCCAACAGGAAUUGGGUUUCUACCCUUGUGGUCCCCAGUUAAUCCUGAUAAUGUUUCUUCAUGCAGCCGAAAAAAUUAAAAGGGAAUAUCUCAAGUGUGAAAAAUUUAUAGAAAUAUUCAUGAAAUGUAAAGUAAUUGACGCACCCGUGAGUGGCGAGUAUCUGUGGUCUGAUGAAAUGAAUAAAAAGCUUGAAAUGAUAGAGAAAGCUUGGAAUACACUCAUGAAUAUGGAUAAAGGUGUAUGUUUAAUGGGAAUAAAGAGUUCUAAGGUUCUAGGCGGGGGUCAUUGUGUAGUUUGAGAUUUGAAUACAAAGACUGAAUGUGGAACAGUAAUGUUUUAUGACCCACAGAAAGAAGAGAAAGCAGAAUGGAGUAAAACAGAAUUCAUAGAUUACCUUGAUGAUCCCAAUAUCGCAGGCCUAAGAUUGUUCACUGUCAACUUGCAGGAGCUAAAACAAAUAAUCAAUGAUUAUAGCGACAUUUUACAUCACACAGAUGAAAGUAAUCAAACUUUGUUUGACAUGCCGGUUCGGGUUUGA